AUGACCACACAUCUUUUCGACAUCAUACUCAUGAUGAAGGUCUUCCUCGGCAAGUUCGAUGCUCGCGUCCUCCAUUCUGUCCAGGCUAAGGAAAUCACCUUCUCAGACUUGUCCAGUCGAGAAGACGUGUGGCUCGAUUUUCUGGCAGACGGUGGUGACGGGUUCGACUCCACCUAUACGAUCUCCCGGCUUCUGGCACAGCCACACCUCUCCGUCGGGGUUCCGAAUGACCGCGCUCUCCUCUCGCAAGCUCGAGACGCUCUAGUAUCUGCAGACGGAGUUGCUCGCCCGAGAAUCGCGACCGAAGUAGAUGAACUGGUGCCCUUGUCGAGGAAGACGAUUCGGUCCUUACCAACCUUCAACAGCGUUAGAGAUGACUCCCCUGUGUCGGUUAAGGGGAGGGGUGAUGGACGAUUCACUUUGGCACACCGCAAUACGCUGAUGUUGCCUCGUGCAGACGUCGUAUUCCAUGGUGGUGACGUGGCCUAUCCUUCUCCUUCCAAUGAGGAGUAUGUCAGUCGGUUCAUCAGACCUCUUGAGUGGGCCUUACCUCGAAUCAAUUCUGAGGAUAAUGUCAAGGACUCGGUUGAGCAGCCCCAGAUGUUCAUUAUACCAGGGAACCAUGACUGGCACGAUGGCUUAGAGACGUUUCUGCACUGGAUAGUGUAUAACCAGAAAGUAGCUGGUUGGAAGCUUCCCCAGAAGCAUUCGUAUUUCGCUGUGAAACUAUCCUAUGGUUGGUGGGUGUGGGGUCUGGACCUGGGUCUUUCAUAUGACCUCGAUCGUCCUCAAUAUGAAUAUUUCUGUGCCUUGCUGGAGACUGGCAAAGUAGAGGCAGACGAUCGUGUUGUAGUGCUCACGCACAGACCGAAUUGGGUUUUUGACCCAGCCGUCGCCGAGAGAACGGGAUAUACUCUCAAUGUUCUAUUGGAGAAGAUCGGGGAGCCAAGGCUCGCUAUGAGGUUGGCCGGUGAUCUCCAUCACUACACACGAUACAUGCCUGGCGACGGCUCGUCCGGCCCUCCUCUGGUGACCUCUGGAGGAGCAGGAGCUUUCUUGCAUCCGACCCAUUAUCCACCGAAGGACUUUCUCAACGCGGCCAAUAUGGCGUCGAGAUUGGGGGAACAGAGUCGUGAUGGGAAUGCACACGCAGCUGCAGGAGUUGGUCUCGACUUGCCUCAAUACAUCAGCAAAGCUUCAGGCACUGGGUAG